AUGCCAAUACUUGAAGACAAGGUAGCAAUAGUCACGGGCGCCGGGCGCGGCAUCGGUCGCGGGGUGGCCAAGCUGAUGGCCGCUGAGGGCGCCAGCGUCGUGGUUUGCGACCUGGGCGUAAACGUGGACGGCACCGGCGCGGACGUGUCGGUGGCGCAGCAGGUGGUCAACGAGAUCGGCGAGGCUGGCGGCAAGGCCGUGGCCUGCACCGAAUCGGUGGCCCUGAUGGAUGGCGGCGAAAAAAUUGUACAGACUGCCGUCGACAAUUUUGGCAAGUUGGACAUCGUGGUAACCGUGGCCGUAUUCUCUGCUGCGAUAUCUGCAUGGUUGUCAAGCUGUCGAGAGAAUACUGGGGACGACGUGAUCGCCGUUCACCUGAAGGGCACCUUCACCGUGGUGAAGCACGCCAGCAUUCUGUUCCGGCAGCAGCGUUCGGGUCGCAUCAUCACCUUCAGCAGCACCUCCGGUUUGUACGGCAACUCGCGCAGCGAACUACGAUCCGGCGCGCAAAGAUGGGCAUCGUCCUGGGUUACCCGUCGUUUGCGGCGCGGGACCUGGGGCGUCUCACGGUGGUGACCGCCUCCCACGCCAUUUCGCCGUCUGCCAGCACCCGAAUGA